CUUUUAUAAUUAUUUAUUUUUUUUAUACGUGCCAUUAUUUAAGAAAUCGAAGACCAAUGGGCGAGAGUAUGAUUCGCAUUCCAAACAAAGCCAAAAACAAAAAUGAUUCAAUUCCUUGCGCAACAGAGCCCUGAACUCUGAUCACGAAAGAGGAACUCCACAACUCACCCUAUAUUAUUAUCACUUUCCCUCUUUUACCUCUCUAUACCACCACCAUCACCACUCUCUCUCUCGAGCUUUAAGAAAGACAGAGAGAGAACUCCUCUAGAGCUGUGUAAAGCCCGCACUUUUUUUCUUUUUUCUGCUUCUUAAAAUAAAACCUCUGCAUGCAUUUGGCUUCUAUCUGUCUCUUUCUCUCUCUCUCUCAUAAAGCAUGCAAAGAUGAUGAUGAUGAUAAACACACCCAUCUCAAAACUCCCUCUAAUCCUCAAACCUUUCCUUCUUUCUCUCAUCCUCUCCAUUUCAGCCCUCAUUUUCAUAGCCUCCCUAACCCCGCAUCACCGUAAAGUAAACAUCAUCACCGAAACACCACAUCAACUCUCCAGCGCCACCAACACUUCCUCCACCUCCGGUCUCCGUAUUCGACCCGGUUACUCCUCCUACAAUGCAUACAUCCAACACCAGCUCAAUAAGACCCUUAACCCAAAACUCCGUCAGAUUUGGAAAACUCGCGACUGGGACCGCAAAGUUAAUGUCUUUGCUCAAUUCUUCUCUUCUUUAAAGGAAAGAAACCUCUUGUCCGACUCUUCCAAAGCCUUAUCCAUUGGAGCUCGUGUCGGCCAAGAAGUGGAGGCGCUUCGCCGUAUCGGAGUCGCAGACUCCAUCGGAAUAGACUUGGUGCCGUCUCCGCCACUUGUUAUUAAGGGAGACUUCCAUGCACAGCCGUUCAAGAAUGAAACUUUCGAUUUUGAGUUCUCUAACGUGUUUGAUCAUGCUCUGUACCCGUGGAAAUUUGUUGGGGAGAUCGAACGAACGUUGAAGCCUGGUGGAGUUUGUGUUAUACACGUGGCAUUAUCUCGGCGGGCUGAUAAGUAUUCGGCGAAUGAUUUGUACAGUGUGGGGCCAUUAACCGAUUUGUUUAAAGAAUCGGAGCUUGUUGACGUUAAAAAAGUUGAUGGGUUUGGCCUCGACACUGAAGUCGUCUUUAGGAAAAAAAGAAUUAACGGCUUUGAUUGAUUUCUUUUAUUUAAUUUAAUAUUUUGUGUUGGGGUUAAUCAUGUACCGUUUUAUUCUGGCGUUGAUAAAGAUAAAUGAGGAUGAUGAUAUGGUAUGAUA